AUGAUUAUCCCUCAUCUAAUAGGCGGUGUGUAUGGUGGAGAAGCGACAAUCAAGGCACGUUUAUUACCGUUUCUUAGCCUUGAAGCAUCCUAUCUCAAUGGUUUAUUAAGCAAUACCGGUUCGGAUAUAUAUCCAUUGGCUUGGUGGCGUUAUCCAUAUUCGCAUCUUCAUACAGAUGCUGAAUUUCAAACAUUGGCUAAUGAAUAUGAUAGAAAUUUAAGUGAACUUGAACUCGAUUUACGUCAUGCCAAUGUUGACAAUGCUCGGCUCGAAGCCGAACUCGAACAAACACGAGCUGAACUUAUUGAUGAACGAUAUAAAGCAACAGAUGAAAAGAUUUUUACCGAAACUGAAUUGGCUAAUUUACGAACACGAUUAAGUGAUGCUGAAUUUCGACUUUCACUUGAACGUUAUAAACCACGAUCAAUUCUGGUUGAUGAAUACGAACGAGAAAUUCGUCGUUUACGUGAUGAUAUUGAAUUUGCUCAAAGACGUUCACGAGCUCGAUCUCUUUCGCCAAUUCCUACUUAUGUACGACGACGUUCAUUGUCACCAACACGUUCAUUACUUUCAUUAUCAUCAUCAGAUGAUUCUUUACAAAAAAUUCGUGAAAAUACAUUAAUUCAACGUUUUAAUGAUUUAUAUGCACGAGAACGUCUUGAUGCUAUUGACAUACUUCGACAAGUAUCCGAUGAUUAUGAAAUGAAUCAACGUAUAUGUUUUAAUAUAAUUCAAGAAGCUUUUUCGGUAUCGAAACGUCGUUUUGUUGAAUGGAAAUUACGUCUUCGUUCUCAAUUGGCCAUAACAGUUUCAGCUGCUGAUUCACUUGAAGAUGCUACUCAAGAUUAUAUUAAUCGAAAUCUUGACUAUUUUGAAUUAACUACUAUUAUAUCAGAAGUAAUUGAUAAUUUACAUCGUAAUCCUCGAUUAAGUUUACCACUUGGUGUAACUUAUUCUUUGGUUCAUACAUAUAUACGAGAAGCAUGUCGCAUUGCUUGGCAUAUGGCAUGUCUUGUUUAUCCAUUAGAUGUUGCAUUUGCUAGUGACGCUGAAGUAUUUGAUGAAACUAAAUAUCGACGCAGCUACGAUUCGGAAUAUGCAGCACCACUUGUUGAUCAUCAUAUAUGGCCAGCAUUAAUGCAAGGUUCACGAGUUAUUGCUAAGGGCGAAGCAUGUACAAAACGGGGUGCUUCAUUGAGUCGUUCUCGAGCAUCAAGCCCAACUCGUCGAGGUUAUUCGAGCCCUAUUCGAAGCCGAUCGAUUAGUCCGGUACGUCGAUCACGUGCCACCAGUCCGGUGCCAUAUUCAUCCCUUUAUCGUGAGUAUUAA